AGUAUCGAAGUCAGUCACAAAAGCCUACAACACUUCCCAAUCGGUGCAGGUUCAACUUCCGACCUAUUAUACUACCAAAUCAUCAGUCAAAUACGGGUAAAUGGGCACGGACAUCUAUCAUUGGAAAAACGUCUCAUUGUUUCAUAACCAUAAUACAUAGUGUCUUAGUUUGGCACAUUGGUAAGUUACUUGCUGAAAAUCCAUGUACAUCUCCUAUCAAAGUGCAUUUAUUUUUUAACAAAAGCGUAAAUGCAACCAGCGACAGGGGGUGACAAUCAAUGGUCUGUUUUGAGAUAGUCCUUUAUUGAACAAAGAGUCGAAAGGCAUUUUCAUUUCAUCUUGACCACAAUACCCCAUGCGGUUAUAGAUUUCUGCACGCUGAAAAUGUGAGUUUAAACAAUAGGAUAAAUUGAUAACUGAGUAUUGUUAGUCCAGCUGUCGGGAGGUUGAUGUCAGUCAAACAGACGAGCAAAAUAUAACCAUCAUAUACAGGAGCAUUGUAUAGCAUAUAGGGGUAGUACAACGUCUGUCAAAGUUCAAGUUUUGGUGAACAAUGUAAUUACUGGCUAGCCUGCACAUUAUUGGGAGGUCAUCGCUGGCUUGAUAAGGUCAUAUAAGAGGGGUAAAAAAAGAGAUGUUAUUCCAUUGGAAGAUGGCAAUAUCCUAGUUUAAAGCAAUUAUGUUCUAAAAAAGCCUUCAGCAAAGUCAAGAAAGCCUCUGGUUAUGAACAGUGACUCUACUGGAAAAUCUCAGAUUGAUGUAUGUCGAAGUUUAAACAAAAUGCGUAAUCAAAAAUCAGUUUUUAGUGCAUACAAGAGCCAAGAAACAGGCAACACUCCUUAUUACGAACACGGACAAAACAGUAAGUCACCAUAUUACAAACACAGACAAAAUAAGUCGCCGUGUCAUCUACCACAGCGCUAAAUAUUCGACUGUUCGGGUGAAUUUAAGUUGAAUGCAGUUUGCGAGGUUGUUGCUGAGCAGAUAUUCUAAAUACGGAAUUGCCCAGAACCGUUAGUUUUGCUUGUUGGCCGAUCUUAUGGCAUCAGUCUUAAAAUACGCCCGAAAAGGUUUACCAUUAUACGUUCGAGCUCUGGAAAUCGAACGAAAGUUCAUCAUGUACGCUACAAUAUUCAAAUUCUAUUGGAUUGAUUCAAAGGAGACCCAUAAAAGAGCAGAAAAUACAGUCAAUAAUGCAUAUGGAGUUUUCGAACCUUAACUCAAUAAGUGGACACACUCUUAGGUACAACAGCAAAUCCAGUACCAGCUGAGGCAACUUCAGAUGCGCUACCUUGAACACUCAGUUGAAAUAACGACUUCAGUAGGGGUAGUCCAACAAACAGCCUUCGAUUUCAAGGUUGGGAAGGUACUAUGACGAGAAGGAGCAGUAAGAAGUAUUUUAUAUUUGGUUAUACCGGCUGAAAUGGUCAUUUUCGCUUGCUGAGUGGCUUUGCAAUUUGCAUUUAGCACCCGUUGGCUGCUUGUUGAGACAGAUAUAUAGGGUAUAAUGGAGAAGAGAAAUAAUGUAAUAUAAGUCUUGUGUAAUAUAAGUCAUGUGAAGAAAUAUACUGCCUAGGGUCCCCCUGGACACAUGAUCUCUGUCCGUAUCAACAAUUAGUUCAC